AUGGAUGUGUUAAACAGCAAUGUCCCAGAAAAAUUGCAACCUUCUCAGGAAUGGUACAUUUUAAAUCUUCUGCGUCUCGGUCAAAGGGACGCAUUUGAAACCAAUUUGCAACAAUUUCGCAAAUUACAGUUAUCACAAUCGCAUCACGGGAAGAUUAGACUUUGCAGACUGAUUUAUGGGAUAAUCAAGAUAGAUCCACAGUACGCUGUCGUACUAAUUGAGGAUAUCUCCCACCUUUUGAAUGAUUCUAGCCCAGAAGUUCAAAAUGCAUCGCUUUCAGUGUUGUCAAAAACGAUCUGCCAGUUCAUUCUCAUAGUUUUGGACAAUGAUGCAGAUAACAAGGCCGACUCUAAGUCUGAUUUGUCAUGUGCAAUAUACCUGGUGAACAGAAUACUCCUCACUACGAAUUCCGACAUUGAUGUUGAAUACUCACAAGCUGCAGGGCUAGUACACUCCGGACAAAAGUCAGUAUGGAUCGACUCUCUUAGAGUUAUAAUGUAUCUGUUGGUAUUGGGUGCUGAUAAAGAUUCCGGUAAAAAUGGCAAAAUAGGGGACUCGUUGGAUCCAAUAUUUGAAAAAUGGAUACAAGAAUCAGUGAAUACACUUGUAGCAUGUAUAAAGAACACAUCUACAAAGGCAUUUACAGUAAGGAGUAUAAUGGCAUUUGAAGUAUCUUCAAUACUGGUGUCACGCUUUCCAGAUGCCUACUUUGAGAAAUUGGCACCAACCAUGGCAAAACUGGUUAAGCAUUUAGACAUCUACGAAACACUCUUACUGCGUAUAUUUACUAGUAAGGAUGCGCAGGAAUUUCAUACGGAACUCCUUUCUCUUUUGUCUCCAUAUGGAUACCCAGAUACUCUUGACUCAAUUUAUAAAAAAUCGCAUGCUAUGGCAGGUUAUACAUUUACUGACAUGAAAAAGAAUACAUAUGUUGAUAUUGCAAGUGUGUUAAAAAUUCAAGAUGAAGACGACCUUAUAAACUACGCGACAUCUCUGGAAACCGAUGCUGAUUCAGCACACUUGCGAAAUUACAAGGCGGCUCAGAUAUUUGAAUGCAACUCUAGUAUGAUAAGGUCAAUGUGUGAUAUAAAUAACCAAGAUUAUACAGUAGAAGGUUUGAGAUUAAAUUUGUCGGACAAGCUAGAUCCUCAAUUUGGAUUACAUGAUGGUGUGGAUGACAUGGAGAUUAUACAGACGGACCAGAAUGCAACUACGGAAGACGCAAAUGUUUCAGCUGUGGAUAUUUAUAAUGUAGUAAAAAGCACUGAAAUCGCAAAUUAUGCACCCCUAUAUAUCAACCUUGUUAUCACCCAAAUGAUGGAUACUGCAACUUCAUAUGUUUGGCAUCUUAAAAAUAAUGUUAUAGGUGGUGCAUCAGGUAGAUUUUCCCAUUUUAGGGACGCAUUAUUCAAUAAACUGAUAUUAAGCACAACCAUACCGGAAAACAUGCGAGAGAAGCUUUUCCACAAAUACAUAAACUACAUUGCGCACAAAACUCUUGUAGAUCAGGCAAACCCAUCUAAUUCCCACACUCUCUUUAAUAUUCUCUCCGAAUCAUCUGCAGUUGGAGUUUCCGAACUCUUUGCAUAUGUUAUAAAAACGAGGUCGCUUGACGCUCUGAAUGCGCUUGUUCACAGUAUUAGCAAUAUAAUCAUACACUUGUGUAAUGUAGAGCAAGCUAAAGAAGUGCUGGUUGGUGAAAAAAAUGAACAUAAAACUGUGGAAGUAAAAUUGGAAUCUCUUACAAACAUUUCCUUAUUUGUUUCAGCUGUUUUGUCUUCUCUGUACAGCAGAGAAGUUAUGAAUGGUGACAUGAGAGAUUCUUAUAUACAAAUGAUCUGUAGAUUUGUUCUAAAUUUACCAUACAUACCCUAUUGCAUAGUUGACACACUCAAGGAUUGGAUAGGCGAUUCUGUCAGUCGCAUACUCGCAUUCUCACUUUUAUCAAAUUUGCUAAAGAAUGCUCAAUCCGUGGGAUAUGUACACUUGAAAUCCACAAUUUUAAAUGAAAGGCUGUUUGUGCUCCUUUUACAUUGCGUAACAUCUGCAAACACUGCAGUACGUACACUGUUUUUAAAACUGCUAUCAUCUCCUAAGGGAUUAUAUCAACCACAAGAGGAAAGAAGAUACAGUUUACAGGCUCUGGAAGGGGUUCAUGAUGAAAUUAUCGCAUGGAUAUCUUCUGGUGGAGGUUGUUCUAAAUGUAAUUCUGCUAGCCUCUCUACCCAGGUUAUCCAAGAUGUUCAGAAGCUUGCAAGUCGACCGAUUUGGCAAUGGCCACAGGGAAUUGUAACUCUCAUUAAUUCAGAUACAUUGGACUGUGAAGGAACUCAUUGGAAUCAUUUUAUGGGCAAGAUGGAUACAUAUCUUUCGCUCCACUAUGAAGUAUCGACCGAAUGGUCCUUGUUAAGUUCUGUAUGGAUUGAAGAGAUUUCAGGGUUGCUUGCAGGUGUUCAAAUAAAGACCCAUCCAUUUAUAAGACAUAUUGCCACUAUGGUUACCGCUGAUAAAUUGGAGCAAGAUGAUACCAUGCAGGAGCAAAACACUCAUGUUGAACUUUUAUCAAUUCUUGCAUCUAGAAAUGCAAAGCUGCUCCAUUCUUUAUUGGCAAUUUCUACUGCUUGUACCUUUGCACCUGAAGUCAGUGAACUUGUCUUUGUGUUUAGGUAUGCAUCUGAAACUGCAACACAGGUCGGACUACCUGCAAUAUUGGAAACUGUACGUUCUACUUGGUGGGACCCAAAACAUCAGCUUGCUCCGAAAUGGGAAGAAUCUCAUGAAUUAGUAGCUACAGUUUUAAACACAGAUUACAUUGUGGAACUAGCCCCGUUUUUAUCUCCGGAAGAAAUGGACGGAGUUAUCAAGAGAAUUUUUGACAAUGGUGAUGUAGCUGCAUUAAAACGAAUGCUUGAUCUGGUUACUACUUCUCCUGUAAACUUCAAAAAAGAGCAAAAAGAACUCAAAUUCGCAUUGCCUCAAAACUUUUUAUACACUUGUUACGCAAUACCUGGAAGCAAUUUGCGUAGACAAACGGAACUUUUAGAUUAUUGCAUCGAGUCUUGUGUUGCUGGAAGGUUCAGAGUGGAAUCUGCACUGUCAGCGUGCACACUAAUAGUAGAAGGAGAUGCAGAGAUAUCUUCCAUUUUUGGACGUCUUCUUUGUCAAUUAGUUCAAAAAAUCCCUCUUACUAGGGGUCCAAUAGUUCAAAGCGUAGUUCCGAAACUGCUCAGUAGGAAGGCAUGGGAAGACAAAAUGCUAUGGAAAGGUGUGAUGCUUUCUAUAUCUAUUCUUUGGCCGAGCUAUAAGGAGCAGAUUUGCAAGCUUCUUCCGCUAAUCCCAAAGGACCAUGGGAAGGUGGUCAUUCAGGCCUUGCAAAAUCAACAUAACGCGCUAGCCUUUAUAGAAUCCCAUUUUGUUGGUGCUUUGCAUAUACCAGAGUAUAUUCAGGAAGUACUGAAUAAACAGAAUAAAGAAGACUAA